AGGUGCACAUAGUGAGAGUAUAUGGCUUAGCAGAAGUAGAUGCAGCUCUUUGCCUUAUGAAUUUAGAUGAUUAUGCAAAAAGAACGGAUUCUGAAAGAUCACGUAAAGAAAGGUAGUAGGAUGCUGAAAAAAGCAAAGAAGUGUGCAGAACCUUUCCCUUCAGACAUUCCUCAACUUCAAGAGAACAUUCGAAAGAAUGGCCCGAGGAUAUCAAAUACUAACCCUGGCCUUGUACCGAAACAAUCUGAAAAUAACAGCAUUGGUUUUGGCUCACGGGUUGUGGAAGGCUCUGAAGUCUCCAACGACUCCGAGAGUUCUUAUUCACAUGACCAUCUCCUCGAUGGCAUGCACUGUAGAUAAGCUUGCACCAGAAUUUAUUAGUUCAUCAUUGUUGGCGUGGGGAUUUGGAGCAUGUGAGAGCUCGCCACCUUUCCGGUUAAUUUUUUGAUCAUGGGACAAACCUCAGAAAACAUUUGGGAUGUUUAAAGCUCAGAUGUAUCAGAUUGUCAUACUUGCUUUUGAAUCAAACAGGGGUCCAAGAGCCGGAGGGACAGAGAAGCUAUAGGAGAAAGAAUUCAUUAGAAAGAAAUGGGAAAAGUAAAGCAUUUUUCAAGUAUAUACGGGACAGAAGGGCUUGAUGCUCAACUUGAAUGAUCCAUAAACGCUGGCGGGGCUUGAGCUUGGACUGCACGUAUACCUUCCAGUUCAUAUAAUCAAAAAAGUUUGUAUCUCUAUUCUUUUUAAGUGCCCUUGUCUGCCUGCCUUGUGGAUUCACAGCUUAUAAAUUCACAUUCACAACUAAAUUUUCAAG